AGAGGAAGGAACCAGGAAACAGUCUCCUCUGACUCUGACUGGGGCGUUGACCAACAACAAGUACACAACGUUCACAUUAGACAAGUAGAAACUCUUCCUGAUGAAAUGCAUUCUGGGAUACCUGGCAGUACAAAGUACACACUAGAUACCUCCUGAUCCGUCCUGGUUAAAGCAGCCGGGACAAGAACACAUCCAGGUGGUUCCUGAUCAGAUGGGACUUUGAACUGAACAAAACUUUAACACAAGAACUGAAGCUGAUGAACUCCUGUGUCUCUGCUACAGGUCAGACUGGUUUCAAAGUCACUCUGAUGAGUUUUUACAACUAAUGAGGGACAACGAGCAGCUUCUUCUCAACACAUGAAUCUGGAAAGUGUCUGGAAGUCGACCUGAGUGCGCACGUGUUUCAGGUGGGAGGAGCUUAGAGUCACCGAAGCGCGCAACAGGUUCGCACCAGCAGAGGCUGCGUUUUUUCGGGCGUCCGAGCGGGAAAACCAGCGGGAAAACUUCCAGGACUGACGGCGAGUCGUCCUGUGGUGGAUGUGGGUGAACUCUGGAAGCUGCCAGAGGAAGACCAAAGACUCUCCUGUAUCCAGCUGUUUCCAUGGAGACUGAGCGGUCUAAGGCUCCACCUGUUGACUCCAAACAUGGACAGCAGUCUGCUGAUCCAGGGAGGAUCCUUCAACAGAAACAUGAUUCUCCUGAACACAGCUGUGUGUCCAUGAAGAGUGACCAGUCUAUGGGUCAACCUAUGAACUUCAAAGAUGGACACCAGUCUGAUGAUCCAGGGAUCCAUCAGCAAAGACCAGAUCCCUCUGGAAUCACAGCUGUGUCCAUGAAGAGUGACCGCUCUAUGGGUAAACCUAUGAACUUCAAAGAUGGACAGAAGUCUGCUGAUCCAGGGAUCCAUCAGCAAAGACCAGAUCCCUCUGGAAUCACAGCUGUGUCCAUGAAGAGUGACCGGUCUAUGGGUCAACGUAUUAACUUCAAAGAUGGACAGAAGUCUGCUGAUCCAGGACUUCAGCAGCAGAUCUCAGUGGUUUCCAGUCAUCAGUCUGAGCAGCAGCAUCACAAAGACCUGGACUCCAUAUUCAUGCUGCUGGAGGAGAACAUGGUCAGUUUUAUGAAGAAGGAGCUGAAGAAGAUCCAGAAGGUUGUGAGUCCAGAUUACCCAGAAUGCUCAGAGAGUCAGAGGGAGGAUGAGGAGGUGUUGGAGGGUGAGGAUGAAGAGCAGAGGAGGAGCAGCAGAGAUUUAUUCCUGAAGAUGACAGUGAACUUCCUGAGGAGAAUGAAGCAGGAGGAGCUGGCUGACUGUCUGCAGAGCAGAAUUGUUGGUCCAGAGUGUGGACGUAAAGUUAAAUCUAGUCUGAAGGAGAAGUUCCAGUGUGUGUUUGAGGGGAUUGCUAAAGCUGGAAACUCAACCCUUCUGAAUGAGAUCUACACAGAACUCUACAUCACAGAGGGAGGGACUGCAGAGGUCAAUGAUGAACAUGAGGUCAGACAGAUUGAAACAGCAUCCAGGAAACCACACAGAGCAGAAACAAGCAUCAGACAAGAAGACCUCUUUAAAGCCUCACCUGGAAGACAUGGACCAAUCAGAAGAGUGAUGACAAAGGGAGUGGCUGGCAUUGGGAAAACAGUCUUAACACAGAAGUUCACUCUGGACUGGGCUGAAGACAAAGCCAACCAGGACAUCCUCUUCAUAUUUCCAUUGACUUUCAGAGAGCUGAAUGUGGUGAAAGAGAGAAAGUUCAGCUUGGUGGAACUUGUUCAUCACUUCUUCACUGAAACCAAAGAAGCAGGAAUCUGCAGCUUUGAAGACUUCCAGGUUGUGUUCAUCUUUGACGGUCUGGAUGAGUGUCGACUUCCUCUGGACUUCCACAAGACUGAGAUCCUGACUGAUGUUACAGAGUCCACCUCAGUGGAUGUGCUGCUGACAAACCUCAUCAGGGGGAAACUGCUUCCCUCUGCUCGCCUCUGGAUAACCACACGACCUGCAGCAGCCAAUCAGAUCCCUCCUGAGUGUGUUGACAUGGUGACAGAGGUCAGAGGGUUCACUGAGCCCCAGAAGGAGGAGUACUUCAGGAAGAGGUUCAGAGAUGAUGAGCAGGCCAGCAGGAUCAUCUCCCACAUCAAGACAUCACGAAGCCUCCACAUCAUGUGUCACAUCCCAGUCUUCUGCUGGAUCACUGCUACAGUUCUGGAGGAUGUGUUGGAAACCAGAGAGGGAGGAGAGCUGCCCAAGACCCUGACUGAGAUGUACAUCCACUUCCUGGUGGUUCAGGCCAAAGUCAAGAAGGUCAAGUAUGAUGGAGGAUCUGAGACAGAUCCACACUGGAGUCCAGAGACCAGGAAGAUGAUUGAGUCUCUGGGAAAACUGGCUUUUGAUCAGCUGCAGAAAGGAAACCUGAUCUUCUAUGAAUCAGACCUGACAGAGUGUGGCAUCGAUAUCAGAGCAGCCUCAGUGUACUCAGGAGUGUUCACACAGAUCUUUAAAGAGGAGAGAGGCCUGUACCAGGACAAGGUGUUCUGCUUCGUCCAUCUGAGCGUUCAGGAGUUUCUGGCUGCUCUUCAUGUCCAUCUGACCUUCAUCAACUCUGGUGUCAACCUGAUGGAAGAUCAACAAACUACAUCUCUUUGGUCUAAACUCUCUAAAAACAAACCUAAACUAACACGUCUCCAUCAGAGUGCUGUGGACAAGGCCUUACAGAGUCCAAAUGGACACCUGGACUUGUUCCUCCGCUUCCUCCUGGGUCUUUCACUGCAGACUAAUCAGACUCUCCUACGAGGCCUGCUGACACAGACAGGAAGUAGCUCACAGACCAAUCAGGAAACAGUCUGGUACAUCAAGCAGAAGAUCAGUGAGAAUGUGUCUGCAGAGAGAAGCAUCAAUCUGUUCCACUGUCUGAAUGAGCUGAAUGAUGGUUCUCUAGUGGAGGAGAUCCAACAGUCCCUGAGAUCAGGAAGUCUCUCCACAGAUGAACUGUCUCCUGCUCAGUGGUCAGCUCUGGGCUUCAUCUUACUGUCAUCAGGAGAAGAUCUGGAUAAGUUUGACCUGAAGAAAUACUCUGCUUCAGAGGAGGCUCUUCUGAGGCUGCUGCCAGUGGUCAAAGCCUCCAACAAAGCUCUGCUGAGCGGUUGUAACCUCUCAGGGAGAAGCUGUGAAGCUCUGUCCUCAGUUCUCAGCUCCCAGUCCUCCAGUCUGACAGAGCUGGACCUGAGUAACAACAACCUGCAGGAUUCAGGAGUGAAGCUGCUGUCUGCUGGACUGGAGGAUCCACAUAUGAACCUUGAAUGUUUCAGGCUGAGCAGCUGUGACCUCUCAGAGAGAAGCUGUGAAGCUCUGUCCUCAGUUCUCAGCUCCCAGUCCUCCAGUCUGAGAGAACUGGACCUGAGUCACAACAACCUGCAGGAUUCAGGAGUGAAGCUGCUGUCUGCUGGACUGGAGAGUCCUCACUGUAAACUGGAAACUCUCAGGUCAGGAUACAGCUGCCUGAUCACAGAGGAAGGAUGUUCUUCUCUGGCCUCAGCUCUGAGCUCCAACCCCUCCCAUCUGAGAGAGCUGGACCUGAGCUACAACCAUCCAGGAGACAAGGGAGUGAAGCUGCUGUCUGCUGGACUGGAGGAUCCACUCUGGAAACUGGACACUCUCAGGAUGGACCAUGGUGGAGAGCAGAGGUUAAAACCUGAUGUGAGGAAGUAUUUCUGUGAACUUGAAGUCGACACAAACUCAGUCGGUAGAAACCUCAAACUAUCUGACAACAACAGGAAGGUGACACGUGUGGAGGAGGAGCAGCCAUAUCCUGAUCAUCCAGAAAGAUUUAACUGUUAUCAGCUGCUGUGUAGAAAUGUUGUGACUGGUCGAUGUUACUGGGAGGUUGAGUGGAGAGGAGACGUUCAUAUAUCAGUGAGUUACAGAGGAAUCAGAAGGAGAGGAAACAUAUAUGACUGUGUGUUUGGAUUAAAUGAUCAGUCCUGGAGUCUGUUCUGCUCGGAUCGUCAUGGUUACUCUGUCCGUCACAAUAACAGAAAAACAUCCAUCCCCUCGUCCUCUGUCUCUAACAGAGUCUCAGUGUAUGUGGACUGUCCUGCUGGAACUCUGUCCUUCUACAGAGUCUCCUCUAACAAACUGAUCCACCUCCACACCUUCAACACCACAUUCACUCAACCUCUCUACCCUGGAUUUAGAGUUUUGUCUGGUUCCUCAGUGUCUCUGUGUUCUCUGUAGGAAGGAAGGAGAGUCUUUAAAGUGACAGCAGCUUCAACUCUGGUUUAAAUGUUGAUGGUGGAUUCUCUUUGGUUCACAGAUGAAUCACUGACUGUGAUUUCAUGUCAGAAUAUGUUUUAUCUUAGAAGUAGUGAAAUAAUCUCCUAACAUGUGGAUUUUGAUGCUAACGUGUAUCUGGAUAAUCCUGGACUGAUGGAAGUGAAUAUUAUUUGUUAAGCUGUGUUUUACUGUGUGCUGUGUCUCCUGUGUCUGAAUGGACAUGAGACAUUAAUGAACUCUGGUCUCUACUCCACCUUUAUAUCAAUCAAUGUUCAUCAUCGUCAUUAAUCAACCUUUGGUUUUUAAUUAUUAAUCUUAAUGAAACUCAGUUCAGUCUAAACCAAUAAAUAAUCAGAUAUAAAAGGAUCAACAGGACUUCAUCAUCAUCUCAUCACUUAUUAAAACUUUAUUGAAUCAA